CUCUGACGCUCGCAGCCUUAGUAAGGGCUUCCAUUGGCUACGAUUGAAAAUACCAUGCUACUCUGCAUCAUUCCCUCUUUUUCUAUUGGCUCGCUAGAGUGGCGGAGUCUGGAAAAGCCAGGCAAGCCUUGCCCUCGUGUUCCGAUUUCGUCGGACACAGCAGGGGUACCCCCUAGUCGUAGGGCCUCCUGUUGGCGCUAGUGCUGCUUAGUGUGCCGCUAGCGUCUCCGGGUCCCUUGCACUUUCCCGUCAUCUUUGCAAUUCUCUCCGGCCACACGUGACUUUUGGCGAUGUUUUGAAUCGGCAUGAAGUUCGUCCGACUCUGGCUUCACGCACAUUGCGUCCGGGCACCCCCCCGACCAACUCAUUCCCGCUCUCCUCGGUGUCCCCACGCCCUGAAACCGUCCAUCCUCAUCACCAACAAGCCCAUCAACAACCCCGACAUUCACCUUUCGCUCCUCACGGACACCUGAAUAUUCACAAUGGAUACCCUUUGCAGUUGCAUCUAAAUGUUCUUCAUGUCGUCACUAAAAAACAACCAUUUCUUCCAUCGAGCAAACGGAAGCCACCGGCCUCACCAGCCACCCUUCAUUCCCUUCCGCCGAACCACCUGAACCGACUCUUCUCUCCACUCCGACUCCCUCUACUACCAAUCGACAACUACUUCUCGUCGUCGACUAUCCUCUUCAGUACGGCCUCGCCCUAACAUGGACGAACCAGGUUGCGCUUGGCCGUUCUGGAAGUUUGGGAUGAAGAGAGAUGAUCUCUCCACCAAACUGCAAGACCAAUACAACACGAUCCCUUCCAGCAUCCAGGACCCCGACGCCUUUCACAAUGAUGUCUGCGAGAUCUCCCACAUCGCCGACACCGCCGACGAGUUCCAUCGCCUCAUGGCUGACCGCAAGGAACAACGCUUGAAGGAACUCAACAUGUCGCUCGAUCUCGCUGCUGUCGAGAUCAUUGCGAACCCCAAGCUCGUCGGCACGGCGCAGUGGUCGUACGCUCUGCAGCUCUUUCGAACACGCUCGCUCGACUCCCUGGUGCGACUGUUCUCAAGUUACCUCCCCGACGACUAUUCAUGCGCGCAAGGCUACUAUGCAUCUUCCACCGGUACCUCCUUCAGUGAUCGAUGCAGCUCUCGCACCGCGAGCACCAACCUUAGCAGUCUCGACGACGGUCCCUGUUUCUUUCACGAUGAUGAUGACGAUAAGCCCAUUAUGACGCAUGAGCCUUUUCACAUUUCGACCUCUAUCUCUUCCUCCGCCAUCACCACAGAUCUCCCUCUCUCUCCUCGUUCCAUGACGAUGCACUCCGAUACCUCUGUGUCGUCCCCAAUCGAUCAUGAUCACGACCACAGCUACCACCUCCACAACCUCACGCCCGCGCGAACAUUAUCCUUUUCUGGAUCCGAGUCCGGCCGACUAGAAGAGAGACGGCUUCAGUGUCUCGAUGACGAAGACGACGACGAGGAAGAAGACACCUCACAGUCUGAAGAUCCCGACUCUCUGACGACGUCGGUCUCUGAUCUAGAAGAGCACCGUUUGACGCGUGAAUCUACCGUGGAGGAGGAGCAACCUAGCGAAUACACCGACAGCGCCAUUGAAGAAGACGACUGCGAAGAAGAGUUCCCGACAACCCAGCUUCCCUUCGACCUCUACGACGACGUGAUGGAGUCUUCAGAAACACCAACACCCAAACCAGAAACAACAACAACGGCGGCGUCUUACCUUGACAGCAAAUCUCCUUUCCGUUCGAUACCCCAAUCUUUCCGCGCAUCCUCACCCAAGAUACCCCAUCUCCUACGCCGUCGUGACGCCAGCCCCGCAAAGGGCAUUAGCAGUAGUAGUAUCAGUAGGAGGACUCCCGAAGAAUCAGCGUGCCGUAUUCAGAAGCCGCAGCCUGACGCCGCACGCGUGCGGGCAUUGGCGGCAAGGGAUCGUAGAAGAGGCUUGGACUAGCAUGCAGGCCGGCCGGGGACGGCGGGCGCUGUAUAUAUGUCCAUCAAGUGUACAUACAAUUGUAUCAUGAGUUCUAAUCCGUUUUCUCAGUUACCUGACCUGCUUCACCCUUCGCCUGUGCGAACACGCGCGCGCGUACCCAGUUAUAAGCGAUCAUUUUGUCUUCCCGUUUUCAUGUAUCGGUCUGCAGACACGUUUGUUCCAUGAUUAACAUGACUCUCCGUUCGGCGCAUGGCCUCAAAUAACUAACGUUCCAGGGAUACGCGUGUUUUAGAAAGACAACAAUGUAAGAUACACAACGAAGAAACAACCGCGUGCAC